UCGCAACUUUCAAACAAUCCUAAGUUUCCAAUUGGUACACAUUCAAAGUAUCUUCAUGCCGCCCUGCCUUAAUCACAUAAUUCUCAUAUAAAUUUAGCAUUAAUUUUUUCUUAAUAGUGACAUUGUGAUAGGGAAGAUGAUUAGGAGACCACUAUGAUUGAAAAACGACACGCAAAGAAAGACGAGAAACAGAGCAAUCGCGCGCGGAGAUAUUAUUUUACCAAUCUAACCAGCUUCCCGGCCCGCCAUAAACUCUCCCAUGGCGUUUUCUCUUUGUCCACACGAACUCCUCUUCUUCACUAACAAUUGAAACAAAAUAAAAGCGGAGAAACCACCGAAAACAAAAAAGAAGCCCCCCCAUAAUUCUUCAACAUGGACGCAGAAGAAGCAAUCGUCCUCUACCCGUCGCCGGCAAUAGGCCACCUGAUAUCCAUGGUGGAGCUGGGCCGCCUUAUUCUAACCCACCGCCCAUCCCUCUCCAUCCACAUCGUCCUCCCUCCGGCGCCGUACCAAGCCGACGCCACCGCGCCGUACAUCGCCGCCGUCUCCGCCUCCACUCCCUCCAUCGCCUUCCACCGCCUCCCUCCUCCUCCGGCCACCGCCGUCUUCCCCAAUUCACCGCACCACGAGAUGCUCAUGAUCGAGACCCUCCGCCUCACCCUCCCCCACCUCCGCCGCAAACUCCAACAGAUCGUCUCCCAAUCCGCCGCCGUCCACGCCCUAAUCGUCGAUUUCUUCAACACCGCCGCGCUCUCCGUCGCCGCCGAGCUCGAAAUCCCCUGCUACAACUUCUUCACCUCCGGCGCCUCCUGCCUCGCAUUCUUCCUCCACUUCCCCACCCUCCACGGAGCUCACACCGAGAGCUUCGGAGACCUCGGCCGUACAACGAUCCUCGAGAUUCCCGGAGCUCCGAAGCUGCCGGCGUCCGAGGUGCCGAAGAUUCUCCUCGACCGAAACGACGACGUUUAUCGGUGCUUCCUCGAAUUCACCAUGCGCUGGCCCGAAUUCGCCGGGUUCAUUGUCAACACAUUCGACGCGCUGGAGAGCGAAGCAGUGAGAGCAAUUUCAGCCGGUUUGUGCGUUCCCGAACUCCCCACUUCGCCGCUGUACUGCAUCGGGCCACUAAUCGGCGACGGCGGAGCGAGGAAGGAAGGCGGCGGCGCCGGAUCCGACGCUGAUUGUCUUGCCUGGCUCGAUUCGCAGCCGAAGCAGAGCGUCGUUUUCCUCAGCUUCGGCAGUUUGGGGGUUUUCUCGAGGGAGCAGCUGAGAGAGAUUGCAAUUGGUCUGGAGAGGAGCGGGCAGCGGUUUCUUUGGGUGGUGCGGGACCCACCGUCGGGGGAAGACAAGCUAGGAAACUCCGACGUUUUGCUGAAGGAUCCGGAACUGUCGUUGGAGGGUCUGCUUCCGGAUGGGUUUCUCGAGAGGACGGAAGGGAGGGGGCACGUGGUGAAGUCGUGGGCCCCGCAGGUGGAGGUUCUGGGUCACGAGUCGGUGGGCGGGUUCGUGACCCACUGCGGGUGGAACUCGGUGCUGGAAGCGGUUCGGGCCGGGGUGCCGAUGGUGGCGUGGCCGCUCUACGCGGAGCAGAAGUUCAAUCGGGUUCUGCUGGUGGAGGAGAUUCGGAUUGCGUUGUCGAUGGUGGAGCGCAAUGACGGGAGCGGGUUCGUGGAGGCGGCGGAGGUGGAGCGACGUGUCAAGGAGCUUAUGGAGAUAGAAGGACCCGGGGAGCUAGUGAGGCGAAGGAUGGUCGAAAUGAAGAAUGCGGCGGAGGAUGCCCUGCGUAACGAUAGUGGGUCCUCUCGUGUCGGGUUAGUGAGGUUGGUUGACUCGUUAACGUGCCAACGAGUUCGCGAUUCGGGAAAACCUUGAAUAGAAAAUGAGAAGUAGAGCUUUGAAUGAGUUGUUGGUAUGAAUGUGGUUGUUGAUUUUCGUGUGUUGAUGCAAUUUUUUUUUUUAACAAAAGAUUAUCAUAUUGAUUGAUAAAAAACUAUGGAUUACACCCUGGAAUCAAACCAGGAACGAAAAUUAUACAAUGGACACGAAGCCGGAGGCAAAGAAAGAGUCUUUCUAGCCACUGAAUGGGCAACUCUAUUGUUAAUCCGACCCACAAAUCGAAUAUGAAAACCACUAUUCUGAGCCAUCAUACACAGAAUCUCCUGAACAAUAGCUCCAACACAUCUGUCUUGUGCAUCUUUGGCAUUAAUUUUAUAAAUGAGCACCUUUGCAUCACCCUCAAACCGAACUUGAGCAAUGCCUAGAUCCUGACACCACUGAAUAGCUUCAUGGAGGACAAUAGUCUCCACCACAAGAGGGUUAAGAAUAUUCUCGAAAACUAUUCCUCUUGCUAAGACCACUGACCCUGGACUUACAUGCCCGAUGAGCUGCCACCCAUUCUUUUUCCCUACGAAUUGAGGGUACGUUGACCUCGGUCUUGCACCUUGGACUCCCUGGGUAUCUGAACCACCUGGACCUUUUCUUCUUUCCUAUGCAGAACCAUUUCACUAGGGGUAGCACUCUUACUCUAAUACAGGUUCCGGUCCUGGCCACGACCAUUUCCGGAAGCAUUCUGGUGCUCCUCCAUCAUAGGAAAUUUCCUAGCCAGUCUAGAAUCCUUGCUCUGUCCAAUCUGGAGAUUUGAUGGUUUAGUUACCGUGAAACCACGAGGGCUUCUUCCUUCGCUCUUCAUGUCCUUCUUGCGCUUUGCCUGGUAUAGGGGUCCCCUAUUUGCAUCGAUCUCAUGGUCGAGGUAUCGUCUCAACCACCUCUUUCUGCUUCUGGUGCUUACUACUCUGUUAUACAUUCCUCAUUCCAGCAGCCUCCGGAUUGACCCAUACUGACCUAGAGGCACCAUAGAAUGAUCGAUUGUCAUCCUCUUCUCCAUAGAGCUUUUGUCCAAGCACUUUGGUAGACAUAUGUGGUCCAAACCUCUCUUUUCCUUGUGGUGGAUCAAAAACACAUUUCUGAAAGCAAUGUCCCACACAACCACAUUUGAAGCAGAAGCUGGGUAGGAACUCAUACUUCAAGCUGACCCAAAAACAAUCAGUUUCCUCACUCAGGGCCAUGAUAUGAGAGCGGAGUGGUUUGGUGAAAUCGAUGAGAGCUUUUACCUUGAUGAAAUUUUAUUUUGCAGCAUGGUAGACAUAAACACUUAUUUCAAUGACUCUUCCAAUGGCCGAAUGGACCAUUGUCCAUCCAAACUUUGGGGUACAUCAAUCUUCUUUCACAUCCUAGAUUUGAAUAGCGAAAGGAGCGAGCGCCAUUUCUUCAUAAGUACGAGGAGUGACGUUUGGAGUCCAGCUCCUCAAGUGAAGGAUCUUAUCCUUGAUAAUCCAGGGAGUCCUCAGCAACACCCAAUUCUUAUAGGCUUCACUAGGAAGAGAGAAAUCCAGAAACCCUUGUCGUCCCUACUCCCUCAGCAACACAAAUCAUCCUCUGACUUUGCCAUGCUAGAUUGACUGCUUCAUGGAUCCCAGUCAUAGAUGGUCUCCUAUUCGCAAACAUCCUACCAAGAAGAGUGUGUGAAGCACGGAAGUGGUAGGAUUGAACGUCUUCAAAUUCAAAUUGCACAAUCUGGUUCUUGACAACGUGAGCCAUACUUUCCUUCCGGGUUACUCUAGGGAGUGAGCAAGAAACCUGGUCAUCCAUCAAAACACCAUGGUUACAUGACAUAAUCAAUUUAUUACUAGUACACUCCCAAACACGGAUAAUAGCAGACACUAUAGUGACCAAUUUGUGCAACCCAAGAAUAUGAGGAUAAUAUAAAUUCACACUCACGAGCGGCCAAUCAAAACGACUAAUGUCC